CUGGAAGUGAUAAAAGUCUAGCUGUCAGUAAGUAAGAUGGUUAAUCUUUGGAUUAUGGUAGAUUUCGAGCCUUAAGUAUAUUUGGCACUGAUCGAAAUAUAUUUGAGGAUCUUUUAGGUUUGUCUGCAUAGUCUGCAGAAUAAAAUUGCCUUAUUUUUUAUUUCACAUGAAUGUUUUAUUUUAUUAUAACACUGCGUGCAAAAAUUGUGCAAAAACGAUGCUUUAUUCAGUGUUGAACAGAAAAUGGUUCUAGCAGUAAAUAAGUUGAGCUGAUGAGUUUGAUUAAAUAUGCUAGUGAUGUGUAAUUUGGUACAUUCAGAGUUUAUGCAAUGGACUAAAGAAGCGUGUUGGAUUGCUAUAUUUUAUUCGUUUGUCGAUAGCGAUACAAAUACUGUAAUCAAUUGCUUGUUUUUCAUCUUAUUUUAUGAAUGUAAUAAAGAUAUAAAUCUAGAAAUGGGAGAAAGCUUAAAACAAACGGGAACAGGUAUUCAUCUGUUUCGAAAUGAUCUCAGAUUGCAUGAUAUGCCUUCCUUGAGCACAAUUUUAGAAGUUUGUUCUACCUUAUAUCCAGUUUACAUAUUUGAAGAUGAUGACAUUCAAACCCAGAAAAUAGGUUAUAAUAGAAUGAGAUUUAUUUUAGAUGCAUUGAAAGAUAUUGAUGAUAAGUUACAUAAAGUUAAUGGAAGGUUGUAUGUGUUUCAAGGUAAAGGCAUUGCUAUUUUAUCUGAUCUAUUCAAGAGAUGGAAUGUUACCCAUUUAUCAUAUGAAUGUGAUGUGCAGCCAGUCUGGGUGGAAACUGAGAACAAUAUUAAGCAAAUAUGUGCUGAAAGUAAUAUUGAAAUUAUUAAAAAGGUUUCUCACACUUUAUGGGACACUGAAGCUAUAGUAAAAGCAAAUGGUGGAAGUCCCCCUGUUACCUACAGUAUUUUUAAUCAUGUAAUUGGUGUUCUGGGUUUACCUGAGAAACCUCAAUCUGAAGUAAAUUUUAAUGAAGUUAUAAUACCCGAUGAUGAAAAAUUAGAUUCAAAACUUUUGGCUAAACCAGAAGAGUUUGGAAUUAAUAUGGAAUGUGCUGAGCAGAUUAAUAAAAUAUGGAUAGGAGGAGAAAUACGUGCAUUAGAGCAUUUGGAAGAACGCUUAAAAAUAGAAAAAAUUGCAUUCAGCUCUGGAUACUUUAUGCCGAAUCAGAUAAACCCUGAUCUUCUUGGACCACCCAUGUCUAUGAGUGCUGCAUUAAGUAAUGGUUGUUUAUCUGUUAGACGAUUUUAUUGGAGUCUUUCUGAUCUGUAUAAAAGUGUCAACUCUGAUUCCUGUUUACCUGAUGGACUAUUACCAGAUGGUUUGAUGGGUCAACUUAUAUGGAGAGAAUAUUUCUAUGCUAUGUGUAUGAAUAAUGCACAUUAUAGUUCAAUGCUAGAUAAUCCUAUUUGUUUAAAUAUUCCAUGGGCAACUAAUCCAUCUAUGCUUGAAUGCUGGACUGAUGGCAAAACAGGUUUUCCAUUCAUUGAUGCUGCAAUGAGACAGCUUCGGCAAGAAGGUUGGAUACACCAUGUUGCUCGGAAUGCUGUUGCUUGCUUUCUUACUAGAGGAGACCUCUGGAUAUCUUGGGAAGAAGGGCUUAAAGUAUUCAUGAAAUAUCUCAUAGACGGUGAUGCACCUGUUUGUGCUGGAAACUGGAUGUGGGUUUCCAGUUCAGCUUUUGAAAAUGUUCUUCAGUGUCCUUCAUGUAUUUCCCCUAUUUUGUAUGGGCGUCGUUUUGAGCCUUCUGGAAAAUACAUAAGAAAGUAUGUACCAGAGCUGAAAAAUAUGCCUCACCAAUUUCUUUUUGAACCGUGGCUUGCACCACUAUCAGUUCAAGAAGUUGCUAACUGUAUUAUUGGGAAGGAUUAUCCAUUUCCGAUAGUUAAUCACCAGCAAGCUUCUAAAAGAAAUGCAGAUAUGAUGACUGCUAUUAAAGAGAGUUUUCUUCCCAAAUCGGUGCCCCUUCAUUGUGCUCCAAGCAAUUCAGCUGAGACUCGUGUCUUUAUGUGGUUGCCAGAAAAAUGUGUUGAGAACCUUCUGACUUGUGAUAAUUAAUUCAGAUUUUACACAUUGUAUUUGAUACUGAUCUCUUUAAAAUAUAUAUUUGUAUUCUUAAUAUUUAAUUGUUUGCUUUUUAAGUGUCUGAAUGGAAAAUUUUCAUGACUAUGGAAUUUUUUAAAAAUUUUUUUAAUUUUCUCCCACAGAUGUGGUGAGCAUUCCUAAAGUAUUUUAAUGAAAUUUUAAAAGAAAGAAAUAUUUAUAAAUGACUAUUUUAUUAAAAAUCAAGGAUUUUUUGGUAUUAGUAUUGCAUAUGUGCCUUUUAAUAGGAAUUUGUAAUUGAAAAAUCGGAAAAGUAUACAUAUUAAUACUUAUUUGUAAUAGAUUAUGAUAAUAGGAAGCAAAGGAAACAUUUUUGUGUAUUUUCAUAUAAUUGAAAGAUUAGUAAUAUAUUAUACUUCCUAGAGGAAAAUAUGAUGCAUCAAAUUUAAAGAGAGAGCUGCUAUAAGAAACCGUUUUUCAUUAGUAGCUUCUACUGAAACUUAAGUGCAUUCUUCUGAAAGAAAUGCUUAAGAAUCCUUAUACAUUUUUAACAUUAUUUUUACUGACUUGGAACUGAGUAUAUAGUGGUUAAAAACAUUAGAAUUAAUUUUUAGAUUCUGUAAUCAUUAGAAACUGAUUUGAUAAAGUUAUUAUUGUGGCAGAAACUGGGGAUUUUGGUAUCAUGACGAAGAUAGGAUGGGAUUAUAAAGUAGGUUUUGGAUAUUUCACUUGAUGGGCAUAGUUUUUGAAAUGUUUCUUGUGUGUAUGUAUGAAAUAUAAAGACUGUUUUAUUAUAAAUGUUUAAAUACUUUCUAACCAACAGUUUGAGAAAUCCAGAGUUAUGGAUAUGUUGAGCUGCUCCAAGGUUCCACCUUUCUGUUCAGUGUUUUGAAAAAAAUAUAGAAAUAUGUCACAUGACAUUGAAAUCCUUAUUUAGGAUAUAACUGUAUAUAUUACAUGGUAACUUUAUAUAAUACAUUGUUCCUUACCAUUAAGUACGUGGUAUGCAUUGUGAGCUCUUCCAAGGUUAUGUUUCUGUGUUGGAAAAUUUAUAGAAAUAUGUUACAUGUCAUUAAAAUUCUUAUUUAGCAUAUAACUGUAUAUUGGCUUUAUAUUAAGUACAUGGUACACAUUGCAGGAGUGUACAAAUCAUAUUGGCCUAGAUGCAAGAUCAUUUUGUAAGUACAUGGUACGCUUUGCGAGCUCUUCCAAGGUUAUGUUUCUGUUUUGGAAAAUUUAUAGAAAUAUGUUACAUGCCAUUAAAAUUCUUAUUUAGGAUAUAAGUGUAUAUUGGCUUUAUAUUAAGUACAUGGUACACAUUUCAGGAGUGUGCAGAUCAUAUUGGCUCUGAUGCAAGAUCAUUUCAUUUAUGAAAUAAUUCUGCAUUUUUUAUGGUAUUUUAACCCGCCCUCCAAAUCAAAAAAAAAAGGGGGGGGAGAGAGAGAAAACUGCAUGUAAAAUGAUCUGUCAUAAUAUGAACUUAAACAAUUGAAGUGUUUUCAAAGACAGACUAUUAAAUGAUAUAAAUAUUAUAAACUUGGGAUCAAAUUAAAACUUUUCUUUUAAUACAAAAUUUAUUAAUUUAAUCUAUUUAGAUUUUUUAAAUGGGAUAUUUUCUUAUUUGUUGAAGAUAUUAAAAUUAUCUGCAGAUUACAUUAUGUAAAGUAUUUUUGAGGAGGCAAAUGCAAGUAUUUCUUCUUGUUGUUCUCAUUAUUCAUGAAUAGUUUUAUUUAACAGGAAGGGGGGUUUUAUUUAACAGGAUAUUUAAAGAAAAUUAAGGGGGGUAAUCUAAAGGUUUUAAAAUGAUAUUUUUUCCAAAAUGUAUUUAGGACAGAUAAUGCAGAUUCCUUCCCCCCCUCCCACGUUGUCAGGUAGAUAUUCCAGUUAAUGUAAUGCUAUUUGUGAAUUCUGAAUAAAUCAAAGAGUAAUGCUUGUUGAAUUUUCAUUUCAAAUAUUGCUACUGAUUUUUCAAGUACUAUAUUUUUAUGCAUAAAAUAUUAUUGCUCCUUAUCAUAGAAUAAAAAAUUAUCCCUUUCAGCUCAAAAUUUUAAUGCUAAAAAUUAAAUUAAAAUUAUAACUUCCAAAAUCUGGUUUUUAGAAUAAUUAUUCUAAGUAAAUUCUCAGUUAUUUGAUUAAAGUCUGAGCUUAUAAUACUAGGAUCUACAACCAGGACUUUUCAGGUAGAUUGACUGCUCUUGCCAUCUAAGUUAUCGACAGCUAGCUAGUUAUCCAGCUUCUGAUAAUUACUACAUAUCAGCAAGAUUUGAGUUAUCUAACAGUGCAGAAAAAUGGACUUGUCCAAAUGAUUUUAUUGUGAUCUGAUGCUGUGAUGAAGUCCUCAAAAUUUUAUGUGUUUUUUAAAAUCCUGAAAUAUUGAGUAAUAUUUAUGCAUUUAUAAAUAUUUGAUAACAUUCACACAGUUUGUAAAUAUUUUAGUUAUAUGUAUACUUUGUUGUUUUACAUUUAUUUAUAUGUUUUUGUUGUUAAAGUUAGAAAGGACCAGAUGUGAGAUAUAUAUUUUUAAAAUUUUAGAUAUUAUUGAAGUUAUUUAAUGAAUUUAUCAUACUUUACAUUUCAUUGUUUUCUAAACUGUACAUAUUAGUUUCUAUUAUUUUUAUAUGAAUUUUUCAGUUGUUUCUGAUCAUAAUAUUUCCUUUGUGCAUUUUACGCAUAUUAGUUACUUUGUUGUAGUUUAUACUAUUGUAAUCCUUAAUUUUGUUUGAAAAAUGUAAAGUUUUCUUAUUUAAUGGGAUGCAUGUGUGGUCAGUGGUCAGAAGAUUAAUUGUGUGUAGAAUUUCUUCUACUCUCUUUAGUUAAUAUUAAAGAUCAAUGACUUGACUUUGAUCAUACUGAUUACUGUUUUGAUUGAGUGUAUUCUGUUUGGAGUAAAUUUUGUAUGUGGCUGUUAAAUCACACAUUUGGUAGAUUUUAUAUUUCUUAUUGGGAUAACAAUUUAUGUGUAAGAUGAGCUAGGAAUUUUUGAAGGGACUGUAUUUAUAGUAUUUUUGGUAAUUUCCAGAGGUAAUUUUAGUAUUACGUAUAUUAUUCAGAGUAUUUUUUUGAUAAUUAUCUUGUUGCCAAAUUUUUUAUAAUUUAAAAAUAUUUUUAGUGUUAAAUGUUUAAUGCUAUGAACUAAAUGUAUGGUUAUUAAAUAAAAUAUUUUUGUUGUGUUAAUGUU